AUGGAUGGAGAGAAUUUUCUCUUUGAAGAUUCAGGCUUGAUUUUUUUGAUGGGAAAAGCUAUGGUUCAGACAUUAGAAGCUAUCAAAGGUGGUGGAGGAUCCAUUAAAGUAGGAACCACUGGAAAAAUCAGUGCCCUCAUGUCUCGGGAAUUAGAAUCCGGGAAAUUUGCAUCUCAGAUUCCAGUGUCGUUUGGAAAUGAUUCUUCUCCAGUUUCUUCCUCAGUGCAGUCAGGUGACAGCACUCUGAGAAGGCUGAAAUCCAGAAUGUCAGUGGGUGAAGCAAGUAGCAGCGACCAAAAUCAUGAAGCCCCUGAAGUUACAAGGAAAAGGCACACUGGAACUCAUCUAAUUCCUAUGCUUAAAGCUGAUAAUGCACCCAUGGAUGGAACUCCUAUAAGGCAAAAACCUGUCAAAAAGGCACCUGGCAUGGUUGAAGUCGUGGACAUAACAUGUGGGAAUCCGGACAGUAAGUGGGCAAACCCUAUACGUAAUCGUUUAAAGAAGCUUGGUUUCUCGAAAUUAUCUGAGAGCGCUGUCUAA